GGGGAGACCUGGUGGAUGGUGGUGCCAGUAACCUGGGUGGGAAAGAUAAGCUCCUUCCCAGAGAAGGCCAUUCAGAACCCUCCAUUUCCAGCAACAUCCCAUCUACUGGUGCAUUCCUGGUAGAAGACCAGUUUCCAGAAACCGCCGCAGUAUUUCCGGACUCUGCCUUCCAAGAACUCACUAGUUGGCAACCAGCAGCAUCAAGAUGGCCGCCUCCUAAAGACCAGUCAUGUGACCUCGGCUUUCACUGGGAGCCCGGCAGUCCGUUCGGGGGCAAGGUUCACCUGUCACGAAACGGGCGUCAGCCCUUCGAAUCUCGCGAGCCAAUCGGCAUCUGAGGCUGGGCCACUUCGGCGAAGCGAUCGGAAGAUUGGUCCUUUCCACUCGCCUUGCCAGUGGCCAAUCACCGACCGUCAUACUUCGCGGACCCGCCCUUAGGCGGGGGAGAAGCAGGAAUGUCGUCACAGCUAGGCGGUAUUGUUACCUAAGGACUUGAGAGGAGGUGGGACGAGUGUUGAUUGACAGACCGAUUUCUCCUACCGGGAUUUAAGGAUUUGGCGCAAUCCCCCGCCUUAGGGAUGGGGUCUUAUUUGAUUGCCUAGUAAUAUUCCCCAAUGGAGUCCUAGCUCGUGGUGACGGGCAGGCUGCUUGACUAAUGAAUCCUCGGCGUGGCCGGCGCAGCUCUCCAAUCGCUGGGCGGCUGGCCCCAGUCUGAGCGGCGAUGGCGGCGGCGGCGGCGGCGGCAGCAGCAGCGGGGGCUGCGGGCGGUCGGGGCUCCGGGCCGGGGCGGCGGCGCCAUCUUGUGCCCGGGGCCGGUGGGGAGGCCGGGGAGGGGGCCCCGGGGGGCGCAGGGGACUACGGGAACGGCUUGGAGUCUGAGGAACUGGAGCCUGAGGAGUUGCUGCUGGAGCCCGAGCCGGAGCCCGAGCCCGAAGAGGAGCCGCCCCGGCCCCGUGCCCCCCCGGGAGCUCCGGGCCCUGGGCCUGGCUCGGGAGCCCCCGGCAGCCAGGAGGAGGAGGAGGAGCCGGGACUGGUCGAGGGUGACCCGGGGGACGGCGCCAUUGAGGACCCGGAGCUGGAAGCGAUCAAAGCUCGAGUCAGGGAGAUGGAGGAAGAAGCUGAGAAGCUAAAAGAGCUACAGAACGAGGUAGAGAAGCAGAUGAAUAUGAGUCCACCUCCAGGCAAUGCUGGCCCAGUGAUCAUGUCCAUUGAGGAGAAGAUGGAGGCUGAUGCCCGUUCCAUCUAUGUUGGCAAUGUGGACUAUGGUGCAACAGCAGAAGAGCUGGAAGCACACUUUCAUGGCUGUGGUUCAGUCAACCGUGUUACUAUACUAUGUGACAAAUUUAGUGGCCAUCCCAAAGGGUUUGCAUAUAUAGAGUUCUCAGACAAAGAGUCAGUGAGGACUUCCUUGGCCUUAGAUGAGUCCCUAUUUAGAGGAAGACAAAUCAAGGUGAUCCCAAAACGAACCAACAGACCAGGCAUCAGCACAACAGACCGGGGUUUCCCGAGAGCCCGAUACCGUGCCCGGACCACCAACUACAACAGUUCCCGUUCUCGAUUCUACAGUGGUUUUAACAGCAGGCCCCGGGGUCGCGUCUACAGGGGCCGGGCUAGAGCGACAUCAUGGUAUUCCCCUUACUAAAAAAAGUGUGUAUUAGGAGGAGAGAGAGGAAAAAAAGAGGAAAGAAGGAAAAAAAAAAAGAAUUUAAAAAAAAAAAAAAAAGAAAAACAGAAGAUGACCUUGAUGGAAAAAAAUAUUUUUUAAAAAAAAAAAGAUAUACUGUGGAAGGGGGGAGAAUCCCAUAACUAACUGCUGAGGAGGGACCUGCUUUGGGGAGUAAGGGAAGGCCCAGGGAGUGGGGCAGGGGGCUGCUCAUUCACUCUGGGGAUUCGCCAUGGACACGUCUCAACCGCGCAAGCUGCUCCCCCUGUUUCCCUGUGCCCCUUUGCCCCCUUGCGGGCUGCUCAAGGGUAGGUGGGCAUGGGUGGUAGGAGGGUUUUUUUUUACCCAGGGCUCUGGAAGGACACCAAACUGUUCUGCUUGUUACCUUCCCUCCAUCUUCUCCCUAGCUUUCACAGUCCCCUCCUGCCUGUUCCUGUCCUGCCAGGUCUACCACCCACCCCACCCCUCUUUUCUGGCUCCCUGCCCCUCCAGAUUGCCUGGUGAUCUAUUUUGUUUCCUUUUGUGUUUCUUUUUCUGUUUUGAGUGUCUUUCUUUGCAGGUUUCUGUAGCCGGAAGAUCUCCGAUCCGCUCCCAGCGGCUCCAGUGUAAAUUCCCCUUUCCCCUGGGGAAAUGCACUACCUUGUUUUGGGGGGUUUUGGGGUGUUUUUUGUUUUUCAGUUUUUUGUUUUGUUUUGUUUUCCUUUGCCUUUUUUUCCCUUUUGUUUGGAGGGAAUGGGAGGAAGUGGGCACAGGGAGGUGGGAGGUGGAUUUUGUUUAUUUUUUUAGCUCAUUUCCAGGGGGUGGGAGUUUUUUUUUUAAUAUGUGUCAUGAAUAAAGUUGUUUUUGAAAAUAAAAAAUGUUUGGCCUUU